AUGAAGAUAGAAGACAAACUUAUGUCUCUUAUGUGCGACAUGCGUGAGUUCUCUCUUAAGAAAUCUACUGUAUUUAUAACAGGAGCGCUCGAUUUAUUCGGCUGGAAAAUUAAUGCCACGACUACGAAUCAUUUUAAACUUCUAAGUCGAAGUACAAAAGUACAAAUUGUACUGACUCAACAUCAAGAUGACUAA